AUGGCUGUCUACCUGCUCCUGAUUUUUCUUUCCCUCGUCACUACAACAAUUCAACUGCCAGGUAGUAGAAUAUUUUUAAUACACAAUGAAGACCAUAAGCUCUGUGUAAAAGCUCAAAAAUCGAACUCAGUCAGAAUUGCCACUUGCAACCAGGACGAUGAGUCACAAAAAUUCAGGUGGGUCUCUGACCACCAGAUUCUGAGUAUGGCAUUGAAGUCAUGCUUGGGAGUGCCUUCAAUGAAAGACCAGGCUGUGAUCACACUGUAUCCUUGUAACAAGACAAGUAAACUCCAGCAGUGGGAAUGCAGAAAUGAGACCCUUCUCGCAAUCCAAGGGGAAGAUUUAUUUUUCAGCUCUGCCCACGGAGAGGGAAGGGAAGUCAUGCUGUCCAAAGGAUCGGGCUCGUGGAAUAGGUGGAAGAUCUAUGGAACUACAAAAAAUUUGUGUUCUCAGGGCUAUGAAGAUAUGUUUACACUGCUAGGAAAUGCCUUUGGGGCACCCUGUGUAUUCCCUUUCAAGUUCAAUAGUACGUGGUACGCUGAAUGUACAAAGGAUAGAAAGGCUGGUAAUGAACAGGGCUUCCCCUGGUGUGCAACAUCUACAGACUUCGAUGAAGACUCUCUGUUUGGAUAUUGUCCACUGAAAGACAACAUUGACAAAGACUUUUGGAUUACAAACCCUUUCACAGGCACCCACUACCAGAUAAACUCCAACUCAGCCCUAACGUGGCACCAAGCAAGAAAAAGCUGCCAGCAACAGAAUGCGGAAUUAUUAAGUAUUACAGAGCUACAUGAGCAAACUUAUCUGACAGCGCUAACUGGCAGAGGGAAUUCUGAACUCUGGAUUGGACUUAACAGGUUGAAUUCCAAUGGUGGAUGGCAAUGGAUUGGUGGCAGUCCAUUCAGAUAUUUAAACUGGGCUCCAGGAAGUCCCUCUCUUGAGUCUGAAAAAAUCUGUGGACUGCUACAGUCUGGGAAUGGUAAAUGGGAAAACCAGCAGUGUGAUCAGAAACUUGGAUACAUCUGUAAAAAAGGAAAUUCCUCUUUGGAUUCCUUUAUUAUUCCCUCAGGUGACUUUAGGCCUAUUAAAUGCCCCAGUGGAUGGAUCCCCUAUUCAGGCCACUGUUAUAUGAUUUACAGAGCACCCAAAAUAUGGAAAGAUGCUUUAUCUUCCUGUAGAAAAGUGGGUGGAGAUCUGGCGAGUAUCCACAAUAUUGAAGAAUACAGCUUUACAGUGUCUCAGCUUGGGUACAAGCCUACGGAUGAGUUGUGGAUUGGUUUGAAUGACCUCAAGAUUCAGAUGUAUUUUGAAUGGAGUGAUGGGACUCCUGUGACUUACACCAAGUGGCUACAUGAAGAACCAUCCCAUGCAAACAACAGGAAAGAAGAUUGUGUCAGUAUGAAGGGAGAGGAUGGCUAUUGGGCAGAUGAUGUUUGUGAAAAGAAACUUGGUUACAUCUGUAAAAUGAAACCUUUGGCAGAAGAAUCUGAGGAAGUUGAGGUCAUUGUCCCAGGCUGCCAGAAAGGCUGGAUAAGACAUGGUUUUUACUGUUACUCAGUCGGACAGACAUCUGUGACAUUUUCAGAAGCAAAAAAAAUCUGUGAAGGAAACAAAGGUUACCUAGUCACCGUGAAAGACAGAUAUGAACAAGCCUUUCUGACUGUCCUGAUUGGGUUCAGUCCUGUGAAAUAUUUCUGGAUCGCUCUUUCAGAUGUUGAGGAACAAGGGACUUUCAAGUGGGCUGAUGGUGAAGCAGUUCUGUUUACUCACUGGAAUUCAGGAAUGCCUGGAAGGGAGCCAGGCUGUGUUGCCAUGAGAACUGGAACUACAGCUGGAUUAUGGGAUGUUGUGAACUGUGAAGAGAAAUCAAUGUUUCUCUGCAAACAGUUGGUUGAGGGAGUGACCCCUCCUCCUGUUCCAACAACAACUCCUGCCCCCUCAUGCCCAGAUGGAUGGCAUUCAAGUGCCCACAGUAGCUCAUGCUUGAAACAUUUUCAGAAUGGACGAAAACAUAUGAAAACAUGGUUUGAUGCACGAGAUUUUUGUAGAGCUAUAGGAGGAGAUCUGGCGAGUAUCCAUAGUGAAGAAGAUCAAAAUGUAAUAAAUAGCUUGGAUAGAGCUCAUUACUAUCAAUCAUACUGGAUGGGUCUGAGUGCCUUUGAUCCUGACAGAGGGUUUACUUGGAGUGAUGGCUCUCCAGUAAACUAUGAAAACUGGGCAGAUGGAGAACCCAAUAAUUAUGACGGAAAUGAAAAAUGUGCAAUGUUCAAUGGAUACACUGACAUGCAGUGGAACGAUAUGUUCUGUGAAACUUUGGGUGACUGGGUUUGUCAAAUAAAAAAAGGAGCAACAUUAAAACCUGAACCAAGUACCACAUUUGAAUAUACAUAUAAAGUCAGUGAAGAUGGAUGGGUUAUAUAUGAGGACAAGGCGUACUAUUUCAGCCAUGAAACUUUGCCUAUGGAAAAAGCCCGAGAGUAUUGCAAGAAGAAUUCUGGAGAUCUUGUUAUCAUUGAGGGUGAAAGUGAAAGAAAGUUUCUGUGGAGAUAUAGCUUCUAUUAUGACUUUGGGGAUUCCCUUUAUAUUGGUUUAAGUGUGAGCCUUGAUAAAAAGUUUAGCUGGAUCGAUGGAACCCCAAUAAACUAUGUAGCCUGGGCUCCAAAUGAACCUAACUUUUCAAAUAAUGAAGAAAACUGUGUGGUCAUGUAUACCCGUACAGGUAUGUGGAAUGAUCUGAACUGUGGUGCUCCAAACGGCUUCAUCUGUGAAAGGCUCAAUAAUACUACUCAUUCAAUAGUUGUUCCCACAUCACUUGCACCUCUAGGGGGAUGCCCUCAAAAUUGGUUUUUGUUUAAUAACAAGUGUUUCAAAAUAUUCGGCUCCAGUGAAAAUGAGAGAUUGACGUGGCAUGCUGCACGAACGGCUUGUAUAAAUUUGGAAGGAAACCUGGCUUCCAUACCAAGUGAAGAAGUGCAAGCCUUCCUCAUCACCCACUUCAAGGAUGCCUCAACUGAUACCUGGAUUGGACUGAAUGAUGUAAAUUCUGAGUACACAUUCCUAUGGACAGAUGGAAGUGGUGUCUACUAUACAAACUGGGCCAACGGUUUCCCAAAUUAUCGCAGUCAGGCUGAUUGUGUUGUUAUGAUAAAGGACCCCAUUGAGGAAGCAGGGAAAUGGAAAGAUGUAGACUGCCAAAUGAACAAAAGCUACAUAUGCCAGAGGAACACUGAUCCUAAAUUACAUAAUUUCCAAACAACAGUUCCAGUCUCUGGCUUUACCCUUUAUGGUAACAGUAGCUAUUCACUCAUCAGUUCCAGAAUGAACUGGGAAGAAGCACGAAAAAACUGCAAGGCUGAAUACUCAGAACUUGCCAGUAUUUUAGAUCCCUACAGCCAGUCAUUCCUGUGGCUACAAGUGUUAAAAGUCGGGCAGCCUGUAUGGAUAGGUCUUAACAGCAAUGUGACUAGUGGCUUUUACAAGUGGACUGAUAACUGGAGAAUCAAGUACUCUAAGUGGGCCAGUGAGGAGCCAAAACAGAACUUGGCCUGUGUUUAUUUAGAUGUUGAUGGGACCUGGAAGACAGGGUCUUGUGACGAAAAUUACCUCUCUGUCUGUAAAAGGUCUGAUGUUGCAGUCCCUACUGACCCUCCACAACUCCCUGGAAAAUGUCCUACAUCUGACAUACGCAGAUCUUGGAUUCCCUUCCAUGGUCACUGUUACUACAUUGAGUCCUCAGAGACGGAAAGCUGGCCCCAGUCUUCCAUGGAAUGUGUUCGAUUAGGAGCCUCUUUGGUUUCCAUAGAAAAUAGGGCUGAAAUGGAUUUUCUCUUCCACCACUUGGAUGCAUUUGCAAGUGACUCAAGACAGUUUUGGAUUGGAAUGUACAAGAAUGUGGAUGGAGAAUGGACAUGGGCAGACAACAGUGCAGUAGAGUUUGUAAACUGGAAAAAAAGAGAGCCUACGGAUGGUUAUCAUGAACAUUGUGUUGAUAUGGAUGCCUCAGAUGGUGGCUGGAGAAGCUAUUACUGCUCUGCUGACAAAAGAUUUAUUUGUAAAAUACCAAAGAUUACUGAAGUUGAACCAUCUGAGAAGCCAUCAAACAAUAAAGUAUUGAAGACAGAUGAAGCUGUUCCUGCACACCGCUUAAGUGGGAUGGCCAUUAUUCUGGUCCUUCUCAUUCUAGUAGGAGCUGGCCUUGCAGCCUAUUUUUUCUACCAAAAAAAAAGACACAACCAGCUACCAACAGAUGUCAGCUUUGACAACACUCUGUAUUGCAAUAGAGAUGCUGUUCCUGCAGCUAGUGACUCAAAGUAUCUUGUGGCCAACAUUGAGCAGAAUGAACAAGCUAUGCUUUAA